AUGGACGACUUUUUCAACCCAGCGCCAGAGAAUUCUGCCCCUGCUUCAGAGCCAGCUGCGGUUGCUUCUGACCCAGCUGCUGAUUUUCUUGGAGGUGAAGUAGCAGCGGUUGCAGAUAUCAAUGAAGCACCCGAAGAAUUGACCGUAGAUAGCGAAAGCCCUGUUGAUUUGGCCGGUGAAUUUCCCGCAGCUGCAACUGAAGAACCGGUUGAAAUCAUGGAAGAAGAUGCUCUUCGAGGCAUGCUGAGUUCGGCGCCAUCUGAAUUGCCAGAAACUCGAACAGACCCCUCGCAAAUCGUCAAUUCAAUGAACCUGGCGGAUGAGCGCAUUUCACAACUAAACAGCGAGUCCGAGAGCGUCCGAAAAUGGCGACAAGAGAAUGAACAACGAAUCGCGCAAACUGACGCCAAAGAAAGCAGUGACCUUGAAGAAUGGAAGUCCACUGCCAAGUCACAGAUCGACGAGUUUUACAAAACUUACGAAGCUGAAAAUCAAAAGCGCAAGAACCAAAAUAGAACUUCUACUGCCUCCCAGCCACCUUCCCUCGACGACCCAAAAAAGGCAUGGCAGCAGAUCGGUGACUUCAUUGACUUCAAUGCCAGUCGACAGGCAAAAGAGACGAACAAGGAUAGAAUGAAGUCGCUUCUGUUUAAACUGAAGACAACUCCGCCUGUCAAGGCAGUUUGA